AUUUAUCAUGACUAGUUUCGACACAUACAUUCUGACUACGGAUUAUUCCGUUUACCUUAUCAGGAUAUAGGGCUCACGGCGGGUGUGACCGAUCGAGAAGGGAGGCACCUGAUCCCAUCUCUGGUGUGUCCAGAGGUCCGUGUUUGCCCAACUCUCUAUUUUAUAUUCCUUAUAGGAGUUAUGAGAUUGAUUACUGUUCCUUUUCUUCAGCUUUCACAUAAAGUAAAAUCUCAUCACGGAGGGUGUUAUACGCAUUUGAGGGGAAGGGAAUACGACACGGGAUAUGAAAUGAAUAGUAAACUAAAAACAUUCAAGGAAAAAUUUCUUCCAGAAUUCAACGAAUUCAAUCUGAAUUGUGGAGGAUGUUGUAUCGGGUAUUUGGAGAAAGAAAGAGGUUACUCAUAUAAGAGGGACAAUUUCCCUUUUGAAGGAGUAUGUUACUCAAGAAAUGAAGAUUUCUCUGGGGAAUAUAUUGAGGCUUAUGCGAAAUUUAGUCCUAGAGAUCGGGCUCUUCUUCAAACACCCCGACAACAAGAUUUCAAUCAUAGUUUAUUGGAAAACGAUCGAAGCUAUCAAUGUAAUGUUAAAAGCAUGCAACUUGGAGAAAAAGGGGACACAGCGAUUCAUUUCUACAGCGUUCUUAUAAUAAAAGCAGACCCAAAAGAGCUCCUUAACAUAAAAUUGAAAUUUAUUAGUGCCACCCUUAUAGAACGGUACUUACAAACACAGAACAAAACAAAUCUGUCAUGCACAGAAACAUCAUCAGGCAAAAUAAAAGGGUAUAUCCUUACAAUAGAAAAAAAAAAGUAAAUAAAGAAGUUAAACCUCACUCAUCAGAAGGAAAAGAAGAAGAAAAAGAUGAUGGUGGUGAUCUAGCUAACGAGUUUUAAAGGAAGACCAAAUUGGAAAACAAUUAAUGCAAUGGUUGAUAUUAACGCACCUAUAUUCCAGAAUAACAUCUGCAAAGAUAAACUCACAUGUACCAUUUUCCUGUAUCAAGGUUUAAAAUUCUUUUUAAAUGUGAAACUGUAUUGAAAUAAUGAAUACUGUUCAGCAAUAAAUGUUGAAAAAUGUUA